CUCGUGUUAGAUAAUGUGCCGACAUGUCGUAGCCAAUGAGGCGUCCCUUCGUGUUGAAUAUGUCGAUGUUAUUGGGAUUUUUGUUGCCGCGCCGGCAUAUUUGGUCUUUGCCAGGAUAUCAAAACAGUCAGUGAGGUCUCACCUGGACGUUGCUCUGCACAAUACUCAAAAUAAGUAGCCCAGACGGGUUCU